AUGGCCACACCGCCGCAAAGCGACACGAUAACUGCACUCCGUGGCGGCUUCUCACCGCCCAGCGCGACGUCCCCGACACCGAGUGACGUUUUCCAUCGGCGGCCGUCUGCCCACUCGGACGUACAGUGUCCGCGCGCGACGAUCGGCCACGGCGGACCGACGUCGGACGACGACGAAGCCGCGUCCGAAGACGUGCGCCGGAUCCCAAUGAUACCGCUCUCGACCGCAAACGCUGUCCCGCGGCUCAGCGUGAGCUCGCGCAUGUCACUGCAGCCGCAGCAUCAGCUCCUCCGGCGACGCAGUAAGAAGCGCUCGUUCUACAAGACGGCGUCCACGGGCAGGAUCUUGCGCGGGAGUAUGCCGCCCGUGCCGCGUCACUGGCUCAACGCGCGUUUCCGGCACAACUCGUUCUUUGCCCGACGGCUGCUGCACGCGGGCGUACCGCUCGCCUGUGUCCUGGCCGCGGGCCUGGGCGUCUACUACUGCUACAAACCCCAGUGGCUCGUGCUCAAUCGCACGUCGGCGCCACGGACCUAUGGCUUCCGACUCGAGUCCCCGCGUCUGGUCUACACGUUCCAAGCCUCGAGCUGCGAAAACGUCGUGGGCUUCUCGGCGCUGAUUUUCCACACGCUACCGGCCGUGCUGUUGCUGUGCUUGCCCGGGUCGGGCUGGCGGCUCUUUGAGCCGUUCAAGCGGGAGGACGAACCACUGGCUGCGGCUGCGCCGUUCGCGUCGCGCGCGACAAUGGGCAAAGCAGCAGACAUUGAGACGGGCCACGGGGGCAUGGACCUCGACGACGACGAAGAGGACGAUGGGAACCUGACGAAGAUCAAGCGACGCCUCGUGUUCCAGUUCUGCGAGCUCGUGGCCGUGCUCCUGCUGCUCUUCCAGGCGUUCGUCGUGGUGUUUUUCUUCUACAUGUUCUUCAAAGGCGGCGUCUUCACGUGCGACGUGCAGGCCGUCCAGCUCUUUGGACUUGUCAGCAUUGUGUGCUUUGGCUGGAUCUUCACGGAGCUCCAGUACUUUGCCCGCUUUCGCGAGCACGUCAAGAUGCUCCUGGGGGCUUUCCAAGAAAGCGAUCAGACCGGUGACGUGCGCACGCACGUGAUGGACCCAGGCGUUGAUCAGCUCAUGAACCAGCUCGACAAAGCGCUGGCAGUCGUGCGCAAACGACUGUAUAAAGCCACGCGUCAAGGCGAUCUGCGUGAGAUGCGGGACAUUCUGGACUACGCGGAAGCAGCAGGUCUGACCGGCGACGACCAAGGGUUUCCACGCAAGAGCUAUGCUGCCGCCUCGCACUUCUUUGGCUUUUUCGCCAAGUCGCGCAAGAACCCCGUGCACGUUGCAGCGUAUCACGGUAAUAUUCGUGCGCUGGAGCUUCUCGAGGCUCGAGGCUUUGACGUUGGGGCAAUGGACAAAUUCAACCGCGUACGGUUCUCGACUGGCGAUCUCUUCUGGUACCUCGCUCGGUUCUUCGUAGCUCGGCCAGGCGUUGAUGGAGGAGGCAGUGACGAAGAAUCAGCUGCGUCGAUCUUUCGGACGACACUUGUCACGCCACUUCAUUGUGCCGUGUCCACAGGUCAGUUGGAAGCUGUUCGGUGGCUGCUCUCGCGAGGCGUAUCCGCUCGGACGCUCGCUCGCUCGUCAUACCGUUCGGACCGCGUACCGCCACUUUUCUUGGCGGAACAUCCGGAUGUCGUCCGUGCACUACUGAUUCAUGGAGCUGAUCCGCUCGCGAUUCCAGAUCCAGGCUACAUGAACACGUUGACAGCGUUGCAGCUUGCGUACUUGCGCGGUAACUAUGCCGUCGCUCAAGAACUCGAAGAAUGGGGUGGCGACGUCGCCCUCACUCCUUUCCACUCGGCUGCGGGGCGGAACGACGUGUUGGCCGUGCGAAAGUUCUUGCGGAAGAAGACAGACGUGGAUUGUCUUGGCGAAAUGGGCUACGUCGGGUUGAAUCGACGCACGCCGUUGCACUGGGCAGCCGUCAGUGGUGCUCUGGAGGUCGUGAAUAUAUUGCUGGAAGCAGGUGCCGACUCGAACUUCCAGGAUGCUCGUGGCCGAUCUCCGCUGCAUUGGGCAGCACGACUGAACAAAACGGAUGUCGUCCGCUCCCUGCUGAAAGCUGGCGCCGAUCCGAAGCUGGUCGACUUGGAUUACAUGACUCCGCUCAUGUGCGCUGCCAAUGGACUUGACGCUACGCGCGAGUUGGUUGGUAUUUUGACGUCUGCCGGUGCCGACAUCAAUUACCAACUGCCAACUACGGGCGAUACGGCACUGCACGUCGCUGUUCGAAAGGACAAUGAGCAAUCUGCACUCGCGAUCGUGGCCAACGGUGGCAAUCUCAUGAAGAUGAACAUCGAAGGGCUUCGACCACUGGACUGCACGACGUCAACGCGCUUGUUGUUUGAGAUCAAACAAGCUGCUGGCCAGCGCGACGUGAUGAUCAGCUACACGCACUCGCAUGCUGAGUUUGCCAAAAAGAUCCGUCGAGCACUUGAAGACGCGAACGUGACGACGUGGCUCGAUUUGAUGGACCCAAGUGGCAUUGGUGGUGGGACUGUCUGGCGGGAAGAGAUUGCACGGGGCAUUACGAAUGCUGCGGUCGUCUUGUGCCUCUUGACGGAGGACUAUGCCCAGUCCGAGUGGUGUUUGAAGGAAUUGGCAUUGGCAAAGCAAGUUGGGACCCCGAUAUUAGCCGUCUCGAGCGAAGGGGUAAGCAUUGGUGAGGAUCUACAGGUGUACCUGUACACUCGUCAGAUCAUUCCGUUCGAGUCGGCUAUCACUCAAACGAGACGAAACAGUGUGAACGUGCGGCAGAUCGAGUACGACUACAACCAGGCCAAGUUCCAGGCGCAAUUUCGAUUGCUGCUCGAUGGAGUGCGUGAUGAGAUUGAAAAGAGCCGCGAUGCGGUCCAGCGCCAAAACGUCGCCAAUAGUCGGCGAACCAACGGCCUUAAGCGGGCGUCCAUGGGAACAAUGAUUGCAGCGUCGAGUACUGGCGGGUUUUCGCGCGUGUUCCAGCGAUGGGACCCCGAAGCCAGUUUUGUGGCCAAGCAGUUUGUCUUCCUCUCGCAUGGCGACAAGCACACGGGGUUUGUGCAGCAACUGUACGCUGAGCUGCAAGACGCUGGUGUCGUGUGCUACGGCGAUCGCAAUGCAGAGAGUCGGGACUUUGAAGACCGUAUCCACGCAACGCGCGAAGCGAUUCUGAGAUGUACGUGUUUCCUCGUGAUUCUGUCCAAGCAGACUAUGGGCAGCGAGCUCGUGCGCGAUCAAUUGGCCUUUGCCGAGGACAAGGGGCGUCCGAUUUUUCCGAUCACGCUGAACGAUUUGGACCCGGGACUGGACAAGCGCUACUCGCUCGCGCGCAAUGAACUCUAUCACUUUAUGGGCAACGGCAUGAGCUUCAAGCACAGUGCGCAUCGACUGAUUGAGGGGCUGCGUCAACAGUACACUGCGCAAGACGAGCACCUCGGACGGGUCGGCAACAACAGCACGCGAGUGGCCAGUGUCAACACGUCAUUUGUGUCGUUUUCAGUGGGCGCGUCUGCGACUAUGGACGACAACCGCAGUGGAGUUGGCGAGCCAGUGAUCCAGGAAGGGGCCGUGUUGCAAGAAAGUGACGAUGCAUCAGCUCGAGCUCGUUGCGGGAAUGAGCCUACGAGCGCAAUGUGA